AUGCGUUGGGGUCACCAUGUCACGAACGCGCUGCUUGGCUACAUCGUGGCCACAGCUUCUGCUGUUCCGAGCCAGCAGCUUUACGCGCGUCAGUCUACGGAUACCUCGUACGACUACGUGAUUGUCGGGUCCGGCCCGGGUGGUGGGCCGCUCGCCGCCCGGCUUGCGAUUGCCGGGAAGAAGGUGUUGCUGAUUGACGCCGGCGACGACCAGGGCGACUCCAUCCCUUACAAGGUGCCCGCGCUUAACCUCCAGUCGACGGAGUACGAUCCGAUGCGAUGGGACUACUAUGUCAACCACUUCAGCGACCUCGAGGCCCAGAAAAAGGACUCCAAGAUGACGUAUCGCACGUCGUCCGGAGAGCUCUACGUCGGCCUCAGCCCGCCAGCCGGCGCCGAGCCCCUCGGUAUUCUCUACCCUCGGGCCGGCACGCUGGGGGGCUGCGGAUCUCACAAUGCUUUGAUUUCUGUGUACCCGCACAAGUCUGACUGGGACGGCAUCGCGAGCCUGACUGGCGACAGCUCAUGGAGUGCCUCGAACAUGCGACAGUACUUCAAGCGCCUCGAGAAUGCCGAGUAUUUGCCUAACGGCAUCGUCGGCCACGGUUUCAGCGGCUGGCUUACGACCAGCGUGACGGACUUGGGACUUGUCAUCAAGGACAUUAAGCUUCUUACCGUUAUCCUGUCCGCCGCCUCUGCCAUGGGCAAGAGCCUGAUCGGCCUCAUCUUCUCCACCAUCCAGGGUCUCGGCGAGGUCCUCCUCCGCGAUCUCAACGUCGACUCGUCCGGUCGCGACGCCGCCGAGGGCCUCUACCAGGUCCCCAUCUCUGUCGACAGCGGCAGGCGAGUCGGGCCCCGCGAGUUCGUCCUCGACACCGCCAACGCAAAGAACACAGACGGUACACGAAAGUACCACCUCGACCUGAAGCUCAACACCCUCGUGACCAAGGUGCGUUUCGACCAGAGCGGAACGAAGCCGCGGGCCGUGGGCGUCGACUUCGUCACGGGCCAGAACCUGUACCGUGCAGACCCGCGAGCCGGAAGCGACGAGGGCACCGCCGGAUCCGUCAACGCCACCGCCGAGGUCAUCGUCGCCGCCGGCGCCUUCAACACCCCGCAGCUGCUCAAGCUCAGCGGCGUCGGCCCCAAGGACGAGCUUGCCUCUUUCGACAUCCCCGUCGUCGUCGAUCUGCCUGGCGUCGGCACCAACCUGCAGGACCGCUACGAGACCACCGUCAUAGGCGAGACGCCCACCGACUUCCAGAUCAUCGAGGACUGCACCUUCAUCCGCGACGGCACCGCCAACGAUCCCUGCCUGAAGAAGUGGGAGGAGGGCACCGCUAGCGGCAGCUCGCCGGGCAUCUACGGGUCCAACGGUAUCUCCCUGGGCGUCGUCAAGAAGUCCACCGUUGCGGAGGGGGACCCCGACCUCUUUAUCGCCGGCGCGCCUGUGGCCUUCCCUGGGUACUAUCCCGGGUACUCCGCGGACGGCACCAAGGACGCGCGCCACUGGUCGUGGAUCACGCUCAAGGCACACAGCCGCAACCGCGCGGGCACCGUGAAGCUGCGUUCGGCGAACCCCAGAGACAUGCCGCAGAUCGACUUCAACUCCUUCCAGAACGACGCGGACGGCGCCAAAGACAUCCAGGCCGUCGUGGAGGGCAUGAAGCUUUCCCGCAAGAUGUUCGAAAGCGUGGUGCCAUUGACCGGGGGUUUCACCGAGGUCUGGCCUGGGCCCAACGUCACGGACGCGGACCUGCCUGAGUUCAUCAGGAACGAGGCCUGGGGACACCACGCCAGCUGCACCUGUCCGAUUGGGACCGACGACGACUCCAUGGCGGUGCUGGACUCCAAGUUCAAGGUGAGGGGCGUGGACGGGUUGAGGGUGGUGGACGCGUCCGUGUUCCCCAAGAUCCCUGGUUUCUACAUUGCGAUCCCGGUGUACAUGGUGAGCGAGAAGGCGGCGGAUGUAAUUCUUGGGGUGUAA